AUGCAACAACUCUUGAAAUUUUUGGAUGACAACAGUUACGUGUCUAGGUACCGAACGUGCGAGAAUGGAGUUAUUGUUAGAGACAUAUUUUGGACUCAUCCUGAUUUCAUAAAGUUGUUCAACAUGUUUCCUACGUUGCUCAUACUUGAUUCAACGUACAAGACCAACAAGUAUAGACUUCCAUUGUUGGAGAUGGUUGGUGUUACCUCAACUAAGAAGACAUAUUCUGUAGGGUUUACAUUUUUAAAGAGCGAGAAGGAGGAGAAUUUUACUUGGGCCUUAGAGGUGUGUCGUGCAAUGUUGAAGGACCAAGUUGAGAUGCUAAAAUCAUGGUAUCCCAUAACAAAUAAUGUGAGAAGUCGGGUUAAACCCGCGGUUGGGAAGAAACAUAUAGAGUUUGAAGAUAGAAAAAUGGUGAAGGCGGGUGUGAUUGUGGAAAAAAUAAUUGAUGUGUGGAAUCGUACAUUGGUCGGCAACAUAUCUCGAGCGGGUUUGAAAUAUAUUUUUCACGAAGCUAAACGAGCUGAUAAUGUAGGCUCCGAUAGCGCAAAGUGUGGAUGCACAAUUGUGAAAACAUAUGGCCUCUCAUGUACUUCUGUUAUCGCAAAAAAGAUGAAAUUUCGUAGCCCGAUAAGAUUGGAUGAGAUUUGCACUCAUUGGAAGAGGCUUAGGUUUGAUGAUGAUGGUGACAUGAAGAAGAUUGCUUAUCUGGAAACAACUGACUUGAAAUCACUCUCUCAACCGGUAAAAAUAAAAGGUGCUCCGAAGAAGCUCAAGCCUACACCGAGUGACAACUCAACAAUGUGGUCUCCUUCGCAUUUUGAACAUGUUGACAGUUUUUCAGGAGCUCGCAUUAGCAAACCACUUCCUACGCCACCUCCACCAAAGACUUCAUUCAUUGACGAGAUGCCAAUUUUUAUGCACAAAUACAUCGAAUGGAUCGUCAAUAUUGAGGGGGAUGAUAAUUGUGGAUAUCGAGUCGUUUCGGCUUUACUCGGUAAAUGA